UCUGCACUUUCCACGUUUGCUCUUAUUUAUACGACUCUCUCUUUCUCUCUCUCUCUCUAACUGCAGAAAUUGCUGAUGAGAAAUUUCCCAAUUUUUGAAGAUCCAUCCAGAUCUCUCAUCUCCAUCACGUCGAUGCUGAAUUAAUCGUGCUAUUGGCCGUCAAUUCGUGAUUCCAAUCGAAGAUUCUCUGCUCGCCUCGAUAAUUUAAGACGCGAUCAGUUAUCCGGCGGAGAUAUCGGCGAUCCCUUAAGAAAUGAGUAACGGCGAGCUCCUUCAUAUCGAGCCACUGGAGCUUGAAUUCCCAUUUGAACUGAAGAAACAGAUCUCCUGUACCAUGCAAUUGACCAACAAAUCCGAUAAUUAUGUUGCAUUUAAGGUGAAGACUACAAAUCCAAAGAAGUAUUGUGUGAGGCCGAACACUGGAGUUGUGGUACCUCAUUCAACAUGUGAUGUUAUAGUAACAAUGCAAGCCCAAAAGGAGGUGCCACCGGACAUGCAAUGCAGGGAUAAGUUUCUCCUGCAGAGUGUUACUGUGAGCGCUGGAGUUACGGCAAAGGAUAUUACUCCUGAAAUGUUCAACAAAGAGUCUGGGAAUCGUGUUGAGGAAUCCAAGUUAAGAGUUGUCUAUGUACCGCCCCCUCGACCUCCUUCACCUGUGAGAGAAGGUUCGGAGGAAGGUUACUCGCCUAGGGCAUCUUUAUCAGAGAAUGGGGCUGUGAAUCAGGGUUCAGAUUUCAAUGUGAUGUCAAAAUCAUCGGACCACCAGGAAAGCACCCCAGAGGCUAAGGCACUGAUUUCAAAGCUUACAGAGGAGAAACGUAUUGUUGUUCAGCAAAAUUACAAGCUUCAACAAGAACUGGAUAUGUUAAGGCGUCGGGGAAGUAGUACCCAUGGCGGUAUUCCCCUCCUGUAUGUGAUCAUUAUCGGCUUGAUUGGCAUCGCGUUGGGGUAUAUUUUGAAGAGAGCGUGAUUGAUUGAACUUGAAUUGCAUCCACAUUUAGAUAUACCCCAGUCGUCUGCUUGUUACAAAUUUCUAAGACAUCCAGGAUAUGUUGCUGAUAAGAGCUUUGGAUUAAGUUAGCUGUUUGUUCGACAGAAGAUACGCUCAAUGGUUUUGAUGGUUAUUGUAAUUGCUUUGCAGUGUGACUAGAUUUUAUUUUUUUUGGCAUUUUUAUUUCGAUGACAGCACAGAAAUAUAUUCUUUCACUUUAUCAAAGACAUCUCGUUCUUUCCA